AUGACAGACUGUCCAGCAACAUUUAGCGCCGGUGACUACGAGAUGACUCAACAAUAUAACAAGGACGAUUCGAAGGUGUAUAUUAGAGUAAAGUUGACCGAUUCGGCUUAUCGCGCCAUCGAAGAGUAUCAACAUUAUUCCAACACAAAUCACUUUACAAACGAGCAGAAUCCAAAAAUGAAAAUGAACGGUAAUACCGGCAUAAUCAGUAUACCCACAUUUGGCAGUGAAGCGGGCGUCAAUUUUGGUUUCUCAUUGGAUGCUGUUCAAGGUUCGAUGGAGGCUGUACAACAGACCGCAGAAGGUCUUAGCAGCCUCGGCCCCAUUACUCACAGUAUGCGUAUUCAUGCUAACGAAGAUGUUUUUGCUGAAACACGCACCAAAAUGGCUAUGUCGGAGGAGUCGGAGCGCAGCAAAUGCACAAAAGUGAUUAAACCAAACACAAGUGAGAUCGGUCGCAAAGUGGAGAAGCCAGUGGCGACUUUAUCGGCUCAGCAGGUGGCACACAACCAGGAUCGCAAUAAGGCGUGCCCUGCACUCGGUGUUACGGAAAGGAGCAAAGAUGUGCAUAAUGUUAAAACUAACGAAGCUGACUUUGUACGACCGGUGAGCAAACCAGCGAAUGUGGAUACGAGAUUUGAACAUAAUAGACAUGGCAGCGCUUCAUCGAAACGUAAUGGUAAAUCCUCUCAUAAACGCGAUAGUAAGGGUAGUACAUUCUCUUCACUACCCCUUCUAACGAGCCCCUCAAAACCAUCACCCACGCUGACGAACGGGAGUCAUCGGGAGCGCAAUAUUGCGAGUAAUACAUUAUCUUCACUUCCUCUUCUCACGACACCUUCAAAUCCAUCUACCCAGCUGACGAAUGGGAAACAUCGGGAAAUCAAUAUGUUAACACCUUCAAAACCAUCUUCCCACCUGACUAAUGGAAAUGUUAUUUCAAGUAACAAUGUAUCUGCCAGACUGACAGCACCCGAUUUUGUUCGUCCGCUGACCAAGCCAAGGGAUAUAGAUCCGAAAUUGGAUCACAAAAGACAUAGCAGUACUUCGUCGAAAAGCAAGGGUAAAUCCUCUCAUCCCCGCGAUAGUAUGAGUAAUACAUUAACUUCGUUACCGCUUCUAACGACAUCCUCAAAGUCAUCUUCUACCCUUCCGAAUAAAAAUUCAGUGGUUAAGGAAAAUGACAAUGAAGUAAAAUCCCAACAGCCUACUGGCGCCAAGGCUAAAUCUGCGCAAUCGAAAGCUGUGGACACUAAAAGCGUUAAAAAAUCGAAAGCUAAGAGCAAGCAACCCGAUAUAACUCGUUGUAAAAUAAAGGAACGUGUCAUACAAAUGUUGGCUAUUAAGCCCUAUAAGAAGCUUGAACUUUAUACUCGUCUGCAAAACGAGGGCAUACGUGAUACUGAGCGCCAAGCCAUUAGUACCAUAUUGCGUGAGAUAGCGUUCUUACGCGACAACGCUUUCAAUUUGCGACGUCACAUAUGGAAUAUGGUAAAGGAAGACUGGCCAUUUUAUAAUGAAGCGGAACUACAGCAGCUAAAAGAGAAUAAGCCUAAAGACUUGACGCCACCAAUAAGUUCAGAUACAGCUAGCCCACCUUUAUUGAGCUCGCCCAGUCCACCACAAGUGACCCUAAACAGUGACGUUAACUACGGCAACAGUUUGAAGCGCCCUGGCGAAGUCUAUCAAAAUCCGGUGCCAUCCAAAAAACAACGCAUAAGUCAUGUAAAGACAAAAAAUCAUGUGGGUAAUCACAAGAGCCCAACCAGCGAAAAUAUUUUAGUAUAUAACAGAAAAGCAGAGGCUGUGGAAGAUAAUAAGGUGUUCAAUGGUACACAAAUUACCGCCAAUUGUGUCAAUCAAAAGAAUUGUGGGAAUACUAGCAGCGCUCCUUCUGAUCAGCAGCUGACCGAGAGCAAGUCAGCGAAAUAUUCGGCACCUCUUACUGGCAGACACCCCACUGAACGUGUGAGUGAAGACAAGAACACCAGCGGAAAAAGCAAAGACCGUAAGUCUAAGAAAUCUUCGGCUCCUGAAUUCAAUAAGCAGCCGGCCGAGAUUGUGAGCACGGAUAAAGAAAGCAGCAGUAGCAAACGCAGGUCAAGUAAGCCAAAGGGUGGUACCAGGAGCGAAGCCGUGGGUACUGAUACACAAAACAAAGAGAACUCUGCAGCUCCUGUUGCCGUUAAUCAGCCAGCUGACGCUGUGAGUGGCUACAAGAAAAGCAGCAGCAGAAACAAGGCGGAUAAGUUCCAGAAAUCGUCAGCUUCUGUUUCUGAAAAUCAACCGGUCAUAAGCGCCGGUAAGAGCAGCAACAAAAAUAAGGCAAGUAAUUCUAAGAAUAGCAAAGAGAGCAACACAAUUAAUACUGAUACCGCAAAGCCACAAGAAGAUAGUCGGUCAAAGCCCAGUAAAAAUAGGGAAACACCGCAAAAAAGCAAAUGUAAUAAAAAGGUUGACCUACCAGCGAGCUCCAGAAAACAGACAUCAAAACCACAGAUGACUGUGCCACCAUUCACGAAUCACAAACUUAAAACUCCGAAGGAAGUAGAACAACAGAGUUCUCGAACCGUGAAGCCACAGCAGCAAAUCACACUACAAGAGCCAGUAGCGCACCAUUCCGCCACAAAUAAAAGCCUUGAAGCUCGCAAGCAUAGAGAGCAACAUAGUUCUCAACACAUUGUGCCACAACAGCGGCUCCAGCAGCAAUACACAUCUCAAGAACCCACAGCACGCCGGUACGGUCCAAGUGAUACACUUAAUGCUCAUCGGAAUUCAGAACAAGAGCGUUUUCGACACGUGGAGCCACCACAACGAGUCCAAGAGCAAAUCAGAUCGCAAGAACCUAUAGCGCAGCAUUCCACUAUGACUGACGCACACAUUGCUGAGCCACAAAGCCGCUUUGAUUUCAGCGCGUAUACUCCGAUCACAUGCGUUGAACAGCGACGCCUUUACAAAGCCGAAUUCGAAAGUCACUUCGAGGAAUACGACCAGCUGUCAAAGAGUGUCGAACAAGUGCGCCGUGACUUUCACUUAUUAGUACAACAAUUAGAGCAACUGCCACCAGGCAGUCCCGUCUAUCAACAUAUUCAACAACAGAUUGAGAUGGAAUACGAGCGGCUAAAUAGUGCGGAGCAGAAACAACGGAAACUAAGGUUUGACUACCUGGAAGCCAAAUUAGCGUACAUAACGCAGCUUGUAAACGAUUACGAUCAGAAGUUAAAGGCUGAAUCGGCUGCAAUUGACGCGGCUGUGCUACAACACCAGGUUCUUCAACAGCAGCAACAAAUGUUACCAAUAACACCGAUUGAGGAGCCGAAAGAGAUAUACUCGUACGCUAUGAAUGGCAGCAGCCAUGUGCUGACCGCACCAGCCCACCCAAGCAACGGACACGUCGCAGUCUCAAUGGAGACCGUUGUAGAGAACGAAGUUGAAGUUGCUCUACCGCCAUCACAACUAUCGACAUACAAUACACAACAGAACACAACGAAUGAGGUGGUAUGGCAUCAAGAGACGCAGCAGCAAAAUAGCGUUGUGAUCUCAAACACAAAAUUAUCAUCAUGUGGCUCACAAUUCAUUCCACAACAAACACGCCACCAAGAAAAUGGUCACCAUGAUAAUGAUUUAUCAGAUUCAGACGAUUCGGACGAUUCGUCCAACUCUAGUGAAGAAGAACUAGCGUCUUUUCACGACACACAAUUCAUUCCACAACAAUCGCAGUACCAGCAAAAGUAUCAUGAAAAUCACCAGCAGCAUGAUGAUAAAAAUUUAUCAGAUUCGGAUGAUUCGUCCGACUCUAGUGAUAGCUCAAAUUCAGAACUAUCGUCUUUUCAACGCUCACAAUUCAUGCCACAACAACCCCAGCAUCAAGGAAGAGGAUACCAAAAUAACCAGAUGAAUGAGAAUGAUUUAUCAAGUUCUGACGAUUCGUCCGAUUCUAGCUCGAGUGAAUCAGAAGACUCUGACUCAGAUAAUGAUGCCGAGUGA